GAUUCUUACUGACCUAAUGAAUUUUCUAAAGGAACAACAAACGAAAGAAUCUUAGAAUACAACUAUUUGAAAAUAAACGAUAUUUGUUUUUAACGUUAAGAAAAUCAGAUUUUCAUGAAGUCAAGCGGUAAAAGCGUUCGAAGUGUACAGGCAUUAAUUAUUUGUAAUGGAGAGCAGUUUAGUACUGUUCGAAACAAAGGAAGGAUUCAUUUCAAUGAAAUGAAUGUUUAUUUCUAUUGCAUACUUCUGUUUCAUUUCAGUGCCACCAAUACGUGCAAACUUAACUGAUAUCCAACCGAAUGCAAAGUGGAAACAGAAUGGCCUAACUGUGGCUGGAGGAUGUGGACAAGCCAAUAGAAGCAAUCAACUCGCGGGUCCACAUGGUUUAUGCGUCGAUGAUAAUCAAACAAUUUAUGUCGUUGAUAACUAUAAUCACCGUAUUAUGGAAUGGAAAUGUUGUGGAACGAAUGGAAAAGUAGUUGCUGGUGGAAAUGGAUAUGGAAAUGGAGCUCAUCAGUUAAACGGUCCACAAGAUGUAAUUAUCGACAAAGAGCAAGAUAGCUUCAUCAUCACCGAUACCGUAAAUAGAAGAAUAGUUCGAUGGCCUCGUCGAAAAGGUACUCGUGGAGAAACUAUCAUUUCCAAUGUCUCUUGCUGGGGUUUGACAAUGGACGAGAAUGGAUUCCUCUAUGUCGUUGACAAUGGAAAAAAUGAGGUGAGACGAUAUCAAAUUGGAGAUGUUAAAGGAACAGUGGUUGCAGGUAGCAAUGGAAAAGGAAAUCGUCUCGAUCAACUCUCUGGUCCCUCCUACUUAUUUGUUGAUCGAGAUCACUCAGUUUAUGUGUCUGAUUCUUCGAAUCAUCGUGUGAUGAAAUGGGAAGAAGGUACAAAAGAAGGCAUCAUUGUAGCCGGUGGUCAAGGAGAAGGAAAUAGUCUUACACAAUUAUUAUAUCCUCAAGGAGUUGUUGUCGAUCAACUGGACACUGUCUAUGUGGCUGAUUUUGGAAAUCAUCGAAUAAUGCGUUGGCCAAAAGGAGCUACACAGGGUACUGUCAUUAUUGGUGGAAACGAUGAAGGAGCACAGUCGAAUCAACUCGCUGGCCCCGUUGGUUUAUCAUUUGAUCGACAUGGCAAUCUCUAUGUCGUCGAUAACAGAAAUGAUCGAGUACAAAAGUUUAAUAUCGAAUAA